AUGGCGAGCUACUCUCGUCCCAGCCCGCCAAGGCCGGGUGCGCUCGUGCGCCUAUCGCUCUCGCUGGUGCUGCUUUGCCUCGCCACCCUCCCCGCCCUCACCGAUGCCGCCCUCUUCAGCCCCAACACCAAGGUCACGAUGCUCACCGGCUCCAACUUUAAGCGAGAGGUGCUCGACAUCGAGAAGCCCACCAUGGUCGCCUUCACCGCACCCUGGUGCGGACACUGCCAGCGCCUCGUCCCAGAGUACGAAAAGGCGGCCAAGCAGCUCGACGGCGUCGUCAAGCUCGCCAACAUCGACUGCGACGAUGACAAGAACAAGCCCCUGUGCGGCCAGUACGGCAUCCAGGGCUUCCCCACGCUCAAGGUCUUCCCGCCCACGAAAAAGCGGCUGCCCCGCGACUACCAGGGCCCGCGCACCGCAAAGGACAUCGCCGCUCACCUCGUCGAUACGCUCCCCAUGGGCGCAAAGAAGCUGAGGGCCGAGGAGCUCCAGUCAUACUGCGAAAAGGAGCCCGACAGGCCAAAGGUGCUCCUCUUCUCGACCAAGCCCACCUCGUCCGCGCUCUACAAGUCGCUUGCGCUCGACUUCCGCACAUCAAUCUCGUUCGCCUUCCUCCGCGGCGACCAGCCCGCCGCACGAGCGGCUUCGAGGGCGCAUCUGGGCGUCAGCAUCGACGAGGGGGAGCUUCCCGUGCUCCUCGUCGUCCCAAGCCGCGCCGAAGGAUCCAGCCUGCUCGAGUCCAAGCCCAAGAGGUAUGACGGCCCGCUCAAGUACCACGAGCUGCACAGGUGGCUUCUCGACAACGUCCCCGAGGCUGCCAGCAAGAAGCCCUCGGGCGCGGCCAAGAAGGCGACAGCAAAGGCGACGGCCAAGGUCAAGGCCAAGGCCAAGGAUGCCGCCAAGAAGAAGGCGGAUGCGGACAGGAAGAAAAAGCAGCAGAAGGGCAGCGCCGGCGAUGUAGGAGAGGAAAAGCUGCCCCGAGGAGCGCAGUAUGAGUGGCGCGCCGAAAACGAGCCGGACUCCAAGGAGCGCAAGGAGAAGCUCGACGAGAUCGCCGCGAUGCUGGGCAAAGCGGCUCAGCGCACCAAGGACGAGGCAGGGCGAGCCGCCGAGGCCGCCGGUAGCGCCUAUGAGUCGGUCAAGCAGAAGGUGCUCGAUUCGUCCAGCAGCGAUGCGGGCGCCGAGUACGCCGACAGCGCGCCUGCCGGGUCCUCGUCUUCAUCGCACCGCGGUCAUUCGGACAGCGAAGGUAGCGAGAGGCACAGCUCCUCGUCGUGGUCCUCGUCGUCUUCGUACUCGUCCGUCACCGACGAGGACGGCAAGACGACCGAGGACACUGAGGCGUCGUACCGCUCGUCGUCGUCCGAGGACCCCAAGGAGCACUCGUACCGCGUCUCUUCGCACCGCGAGGCGCCGUCUGAGGCGGAGCGGGCGUCGCUGCGCGAGCAGCUGACCAAGUGGCUCGACGGCCAAAAGGUCGACUGGUCGUCGCAGUACGCCGACCAGUUUGACAAGGCGGCGGCGGCGGCAAAGGAGCUCAUGGAAAAGGACCCGGAAGAGGCGCGCAAGGUGGCUGUGCGGGGCGAAGAGUUUCUGCUGUCGCACCUCGAGACUGACCUGGCGAUGAUGGAAAAGGCGCGGGCCAAUGGCGUCGAGGACGAGAGCAUCAGCGACGAAAAGAUUGAGCAGGUGCGCAGGAUGGUCGGGGAGCUCGAGAAGCGCGUUGCUGAGCGGACCAAGGAGGAGGAGGAGGGGCAGCAGCAGCAGUCGGGCCACGACGAGCUUUGA